GGUGUGGGUUCGGUUGCUUGGUUCGGUCCGGCGGCACCAGCUCAGCCCCAUGGCUGACUCCGAGGAGUUUCGGGCUUCUUCUUCGCCGCCGCCCCCGCCUCCCUCGUCUCCGUCGUCAGGCGCCUCUUCGUCGUCCCUCAGCAUGCCAGUGAGUUUGGGCUGGCGGGAUCCGAGCCGGAGCCACGGUCCAACGGUGGACCCGCUGGAGCAAGUGGAGCUGCAGAUCGGAGACGCGGCAUUUUCAUUAACUAAACUUCUUGAAGCCACAUCUGCGGUAUCAGCUCAAGUGGAAGAACUUGCCCUGAAAUGUACAGAAAAUGCGCGUUUCCUUAAAACGUGGCGGGACCUCCUGAAAGAAGGCUAUGAUUCUCUGAAACCCGACAACUGACUUGCAGAUGUAGUUGCUUAGUGACUCACACAUAAGAUAUUUGCACGUGGACCACAUGUAUGGGGCUGCCUGUCUCCAGACAUUUAUACUGAGAAUGAAAUUUUUCUUGGUAUUCUUGACUUUGUGAAAGCAGAAUACUAGACCCUCUUAUUUGCUUAUGUGUUUUCUCUGAUAUGGCAGUAUUUACCUUAAUUGCUUUCUGCCCUCUAAACUUUGGUCGACUCCUUUAUGAAAGCUCAUUCCAUCAGUAAGUAAUUGUCAUACUAGUGCCUCCCUGCAACCAGGUCAUUAUUUGUUUUGUGAGAAGAUGAGAGAAAUGCUUGAGUUGGGAGUUGAGCUUGGCGUGUCUCCUAAGGCAGGCGAUGAGGAUUUCCUGUGCAUGGUCCAGCUCCGCAGGACACCUGAGACUGGUGGUGGCGCUUUAUUUACUUCCUUAUCCCAAUACCCACAGCCAGGUCACAACACUGUCUGUGAAUAAGACUCGAUGAGUAUGAUUCAAAGCUACUUUUGAUUCCUAUUUUUUAGGAUGAAGACUGUUUCUCUAAGAAAAUUGUAUGAAUCUAAACUUCAUUGACUUGAAGGAAAACCUCUCUCUCACUCUCCAUAUAUAUAUUUUAAUGGGAAUUUGACAUUUUUUUCUGUCUUGAAGCAGUCUUUCUGUCUUAGUCUCUUAAGGGCCAGGACUACUGGUAUGCAAAACAGUUUUGAAUUUUGAUGAUCUUAAAAUAAUAUUUUUCUCAUUCUAUAACUCUAUUUUUAAAAAGCCUUUAUUUCAUAAAAUGAAAACUUUUAUAGAAUACAUGCUUUUUUUUUCUAUUUUUAUAGUUAGCUGCUUUCAUAGUUAAUGUUUCUUUUGUUGGUGUUCUAUAUGUUUGAUUGCUGUCUUUGAAAUACCUGAUCAAAUUUAUGGCUGUAUGCUAGGUAUUAUUUAAUGGAGCUUUGCAAGUUAUUUACAUAAUUCUAAAGUUGGUUUCCAGUGUAUCACAUGUAACUGUUUCUAUGGGUUUCUUAGCAAUUGAGGGUAGGUGUUAAGGUUCCACUUUAUCUGUACUGUGUUUUCUGUAUUAGUGCCAUCUAUCUUCAAGCCAUGUAGGACCUUGAUGCAUAGGACCUUGAAGUAUCUUUGAUGUGAUGUCUGUGUAGAUACAUUGAUGUGAAUAGAACUCUAUUCUAAAGUGUUACUGGGGAGCUAUGGUAGGGGACAAAUGGAUGGCAAAGACUAGUUUUGACAUAGUCAUAGUUAGUGAUUUUUUUUCCUUUAAAUUAAGCUCACACAACACAUAUGGUGUGAUUUCUGUACCAAAGAAUGCUUAUUUCUGUAUAAGAGAAAUAAUUAUAUAUUCUGAAAAUUGCAAUUUAAAAAUGUAUAAAAAAUAAAGAUUAUAAGUAAA